AGAAUCAAUGCUGAUGCAGAAGGCGGCGCGCGUCAUUCACAGGUUAUUAGCGUGUUCUUCCCGAUAGGCCAUAUCGCAAGCUCGCCUACCUAAGGUAGUACCUUGCGUUACUCAGUCCACUACUACCAACUGAAGAUUCCAGCAAUCUAAAAGUGCCAGCGUAGGUACUCCGAGGUAUUAAAGAGCAGAUAGACAUCUGCUGCAUUCGGUAUGGACGAUGACUACGGAAGCUCGGACAACGAGCAGGAUGAGCUGAUGGAGGAGGCCGACGAUCUCGAGGCCGAGAACGACGCCGAGGAGGACAACGAUGACGAAGAGGACGAGCAAGACGAACCAGACGAGCCCGAGCAGGAGCCCGCAGACGAUGCCGAAGCCGAAGCCGAGGCUGACGCUGAGCCGUUCGACGAGUCCCAGGCGCCGGCGAUGCUCGACAGCCAGGGCGCAGGGCAAGAUGACACGACGCGGGUAGCGGCUGGGCCGGCGACGCCGCUCACGACGUCACGGUGGCGGCCGGUGCUGCGACAGGAAUACAUCGAUGCGCCGCUCUACGACAUUGUGCCGACGAUGGCGGCGCCGCAGGCCACGAGCAUCAACGCGCUGGCGGUCACACCGGACCUGCGAUACUGGAUCACGGGCGGGUCGGACGGCUACAUCCGCAAGUACGACGGCAUGGGCACGAUCAACGGCAAGCAGCAGCUCACGGUGGCGCAGCGGCACCCGUUCGUCGACAGCGUGGUCAAGGCGGGCGUGCUGAUGAGCUACUGGGAGAACGAGGAGCCGGCACCAGCCAGCGCACGCGCCGACGAGAGGACACUGUCGGCGGUGUACAGCCUCGCCGUGCACAGCGGCGCGUUGUGGCUGCUGAGCGGGCUCGAGAGCGGCGGCAUCAACCUGCAGAGCGUGCGCCACGACGAGGGCAAGCGCAUCCACUGUCUGCAGGGCGGGCACACCAACGCCGUCAGCGUGCUGAAGCUGGCGCAGGACGAGAAGAGCGUGCUGAGCGGGAGCUGGGACAAGACCGUGCUCGACUGGGAUCUCAACAACGGCCAGAUUCUGCGCCGCUUCGAGGGCAGCGGCGGCCAGAUCUCGGCCAUUGAGCUGCGUCCGGCCAACGGCGCGCCCAUCCCCGCCGAGGCCAGCGAGGAGGUGGCCGCCGUCAGCGACACCUUCUCCGCCGAGACGAAGCCGCGCGUGAACGGCACCUUCUCCAACAGCAUGACGACCGACGACGCGGCUGGCGCGGGCCAAGCCGGCGGAGGCGGUGCGGGCGCGGCCGACAACACCGGGGGCGCUUCGCCCGAGCACGAGUCGCUCUUUGGCAGUCCCGCCGGGUCGCUCUUUGGCGAUAAUGACACCAUGGGCGGCGGCGGCGGCGGCGGGGCCUUCGGUGAUGACGACGACGACUUCUCCCGGGCUAUGGACAUGGGGCUCGACGACCAUUCCGGCGACUUCACCAUGGGCGAUGGCGACAUGUCGACCGGGCCCGGGUUGGCGGGCAUGGCAAACACGUCUUCGGCGGCUGAAGCACCUCCGUCCGCACCGCAUCAAGCGGAAUCCCAUGGCGAGGUUUCCAUCAGCGACACCAUGACGAGCGACACAGCUCGCGACACGUCCAUGGACUUCAACCAGGUCCCGGCCAUCACAGAGACCAGCACGCAAACCCAGCAUUCCGUCUCUGACCAGGCAAACUCACAGCACCCACAGCCCGACGCACAUCCUCCUCCACCUCCGUCUCCCUCUCGUCCCAACGGGGCCCCAGCAUCCCCCUCCAUGGUGUUCACAUCUGCGCACCCGCCGGGGCACGCCGACCCGACGCAGUCGUCAGCAAGCACCUUCCUCUCGGCCGCGAUCGACGGCACCAUCCGCAUCUGGGACCGGCGCGUGCCCGACCCGGUGGCGCGCAUCAACAACCGACGCGGCGUGCCGCCCUUCUGCAUGGGCGCGUGCUGGUCGCCCGACGGCAACUGGAUCUACGCGGGGCGGCGCAACGGCACCGUCGAGGAGUACUCGAUCCACAAGGCCACCAGCGGCUGGGCGCCCGAGCGGUCGCUCAAGUUCCCCGCCGGCUCCGGCGCCGUCAGCUGCGUGCGGCCCAUGCCCAACGGCCGCCACCUCGUCUGCGCGUCGCACGACAUCCUCCGCCUGUACGACCUGCGGGAGAACGCUGCGUUCAAGCACAGCAAGGUGCCCUUCAUCAUCAUCCCCGGCCCGCCCCGCGCCGGCGUCAUCGCCGACCUGCACAUCGACCCGACCUCGCGCAUCAUGAUCUCCAUCGCCGGCACCCGCGGCUGGGACGGGACUUCGACCGAGGUGCUGAUUGGCUAUGAGAUUGCCGUUGCGAAGUAGUUAAGGGGGGUUAGUAGGGGUAAGGGGAAACGAAGUCACGUUUACUUUUAGUCGCGAGGCCCCCCGUGCGCGGGCCAACAACGGUUGCGAAAAGAUACCAUGGUGGGAACGGCGUCUGGGUGUAGCAGUGAUUCAUUCAUUCAUGAG